GUUGGUUUGCAGCAAAGUUGAUUUUAAUAGUGGCUCUACUGCUGCUGCACCCCCGCUCUAACGCAUCCUUCUUCUUCCCUGCUGCUCUGGCGGCGCAAGAUGGGCUGCCGCCUGCUCCAAGCAAUAACCUCAUGAUGGCCAGUGUCAAGUUGGAAAGAAAAUUGAUUUCCUUGUAAUUAAAAAAUAUGCUCCUUCUCGAAAGGGAGUUGGUGUGCAGCAGAGCGCAGUUCACACGCAGAUUACAGCCGAUGCCCGCGCAGCAUCUACUGGAAACAACGCGCGCAAGAGAGAGCGAGGAAGGAAACGCAGCUGAGCGCGCACUCUGGCAUUUUCUUUCUGGCGUUCUUUUUUUCGUUCCUGGAACGCGCUCAGACAGACAUCGCUGCUGCUGAGACGCCAGACAGAGGGGAGCAGGGGAGGAGGACGCACACGUCCCAGACGCCCAAAGUUCUCCUGCGCGGAGUUGGGAUUAUGGUGCCUGCAAAUAUUUGCCUUCCAGUUUAAUUAUUAAAGUUUUGGAUUCAACGCAACGGGAGGCGAAGCACCCUCGGCUAACGCGUGCACCCAUGGAUUUUGGAGCGGCAAAUGCGCUUUAGUGCAGCAGAGCCAGAAAGAGAUCCAGCCAUGAUUUGGGUAAUAUUUUUACCAUUUUUAAUUUCUAGUAUAGCCGGGAACAGGACAGUGGAGCAGGUCCCUUUUUUUCACGGGCACGUUUUUGAAAACUCCCCUCCUGGUUCCCGGGUUAACGGACUGAGCGUCCCGUUGAAGAGGCUGAACUCGCUGAGGCACUGCGGUUCUGGGUCUGAGUCCUACUCAGCGGCGGCGCACUUCAAACUCCAGGGAGAUGGAAACGAGAAUUUCCGCGUCUUUGCGCACCACAAGCGCGGCCACAUUCUCCUGAAGACUUCUCGUGUUUUGGACCGGGAACAGCGCGCUGCGUACGCUCUGGUUCUCAGCCUGUGGUGCGGCCAACAGUACGCAGGGCUUUCCUUGAAGGAGAGUGGCGCAGCCCCAGUCGUGGCUGAGGUCGCUUCCAUCCAGGUGGACGUCCUGGACACCAACGACCACCAGCCGACUUUCCCCAGCGCGGAGCUGAAACUCAGCCUGGAUGAUGCCACCGCGCUGCGCUCGGCGGUCUACUCGCUCAGCGCGCGGGACGAGGACAGCGGCAAAAACGCCGAGCUGAUUUACUUCGCCCUGCCGAAAAACGGGAGUUUCUACGCCGUGCCAAAAACUGGAGACAUUCUUCUAGUCGACUCCAUUCUCGGUCUGGGAGAAGUAAUUAAGUUUAAAGUUUUUGCGCGGGACCGCGGGUGGCCGCCGCGCACGAGCCAGAGUGUCGCGGUGGAAAUAAACCCACGGCAAUGGCCCGUGGCGCCAUCAGUGACUCCAAAUCCAGAGAGACGACAGUCAAAGUCACACGUCAGGAGGUCCAGAUCAGUAACCGAGACAGACAACCCCGUUUACAUCAGCGUGUCAGAGGACGCCGGGAUCGGUUCCGUGGUGAUGAACCUGAACCCGGUGCGGUUUCAGUCCGCCACCUUUGAGCUCGUGGAGCCAGAGCCGGAGAGCUCCCCGGUGAGCGUGAGUCGGGACAGCGGGGAUAUAGUGAUCAUACGGAAAUUGGACCGAGAGACCGAACCUCUGCUGGACAUCACAGUGAAGGUGCAGGACAAGAGGGGUCCAGACUGGUACCUGAUCAGAGUGGAGCUGACGGUGACGGAUGUCAAUGACAACAUCCCAGAGUGGAGCAUGGUUCCUGCCCCCUACCUCGCUGUGGUCUCACCCGAUGCUCCGGCUGGCUCGCUUGUCUACAAACUCUUUGCUCAGGAUGGCGAUGAAGGCAACAAUGGCGAGGUGGAGUACUUCCUGUCGGACGGGGGCGAUGGACGUUUUGAAGUGGACCGAAAGACUGGCCACGUACGGACAACAGGUCUGCCUCUGCAGCGGGACAGAGAGUAUCUCCUGACGGUGGUGGCUGCUGACCGGCUCGGCAGCCGCAGCGCCCCCGCUGUCGUCUCGGUGGUCGCUGGCCCACGCCCACCGCAGUUCACCAAUGCCUCCUACAUCAUUGCCAUACCAGAAAACACCCCAGAAGGACAACCGUUUUUGGUGACACCUGCCGUGUCCUUCCAAGAAAAACCUAUCAGCUACAGCCUCCUCAUCAAUCCCAGCAGCCUCUUCUCUAUCUCAGCAGAGACAGGUGAAAUCAGCCUCACCCGCUCUAUUGACUACGAGACCGACCAGCACCCCUACCUGCUCUUAGUGCGUGCCACUGAGGGCCAGAAGGGCCUCCGCAGUGCAGCAGAGGUCCGAGUUGUAAUUGUCGAUGAAAACGACUGCGUGCCAGAAUUUCUCCAAUCGAUUUACAGCAAGGACGGCAUUCCUGAGACCGUCACAACGGCAACCUCUCUGAUGCAAGUGUCAGCCAAUGACUGUGACUCUGAGGAGAAUGCAGAGUUGACCUAUUACACCCUGAGUCCAGAUUUCACCAUCUCCCCGCACGGCACCAUCUUCCCCACGGGUCCUCUGGACUUCGAGAGACCCAAUCAUCUGUACGAGUUUGUUGUCAUGGCUGUUGACAAGGGGGAGGUGCCACGUACAGGAACGACCACGGUACGGAUAAGAAUGGUCAACGUCAAUGACGAGGCGCCUGAGUUUUCCCAACAAAUAUACCGGACCUUCGUCUCCGAGGAUGCAGGUCCCAACACACUUGUUGCCACAGUUCUGGCAAAGGACCCAGAUGGAGAUGGGAUCACUUAUAAGAUCACUUCGGGGAACGAAGAGGGCAACUUUGUCAUUGACAACCAAAAAGGUUUGAUCCGUCUGCGCUCCAGUCCACCUCCUCGACUCCAGGGGGUUGAGUAUGUCCUCAACGUUACUGCAACGGACGACAACGCCUCGGGCGGACCUCAGGCGCUGUCAUCCACCGCCCAGGUUAUAGUUGGGGUGGAUGAUGUGAACAACAACAAGCCUGUGUUUGAGGAGUGUCAGCAGUACAGAGAAAGCACGUCAGUCCUGGAGAACCAGCCAGCAGGGACGUUUGUUCUUCAAGUUCACGCUGUGGAUGCAGACGAGGGUUCCAACGGCCGGGUGACAUACGGCUUCAUGCACAAGGACUCCACCGUGCCGGCCUUCAGCAUCCAUCCUGAUAGCGGGGUUAUUGUAACGGCCAGGAAGUUUGACCGCGAACGGCAGCGGGAGUAUGCGGUGACGGUUACUGCCACCGACCAGGCCGUAGACCCCCUGAUUGGGAUUUGUCAGCUCAACAUUCUCAUCCUGGACCAAAACGACAACAGUCCCAAAUUUGAGAACAUCAGAUAUGAAUACUUCCUUCGAGAAGACACCAUGAUUGGUAACAGUUUUCUGCGAGUUGCAGCGCACGAUGAUGAUUUUGGCACAAAUGCAGCCAUCACUUACAGCAUGUCCACUGAAGAGCCGGAGUACCUCAGGGUCAACCCACUUACAGGCUGGGUGUAUGUGAACCAGCCCAUCUCACAGAGGACCUACAUCACUCGGGAAAUCAUGGCUACAGACGGAGGAAACAGGAGCAGUUCAGUGGAGCUUUCUGUCACCAUCACCAAUGUGAAGAACCAGCCUCCUCAGUGGGAAAAUGACACGUACAGCGUGGUGAUCCCUGAGAACACAGUCAGAGACACGCCCAUCGUGACCAUCAAAGCCACAUCCCUGCUCGGAGAUCCCAGGGUAACCUACAAUUUGGAAGACGGGAUGGUUCCAGAGACCAACAUGCCUGUUCGGUUCUACUUGACCCCGAACCGUGAGGACGGAUCAGCCUCUAUCUUGGUGGCCGAGCCUCUGGACUACGAAACCACCAAAAACUUCAUCCUGAGGGUCCGUGCCCAGAACGUGGCUGCUGUUCCUCUGGCUGCCUUCACCACAGUCUUUGUCAAUGUCACCGAUGUAAACGACAACGUCCCAUUUUUUACUUCAUCCAUCUACGAAGCGUCUGUGACUGAAGGAGCAGAAUCAGGAACUUUGGUUUUCCAGGUCUCGGCGAACGACCUUGACUUAGGUCCAAAUGGCAAGAUCUCUUACUCGCUGCUGGAAGACCGCAGCGGGGACCAUCGGUAUUUCCGCAUUGACCCAGAGCUGGGCUUUAUCCACACCCAGGCUGUGUUUGACCGGGAGACCAAAAGCUCGUAUCUUCUGGAGGUGCAGUCUGUUGAUGGUUGGGAGUCGUCACGGCCUGGCAAACAUGGACAGCCAAACUCUGACACCGCAUAUGUUCGUGUUUUCAUCAGCGACGUCAACGAUAACAAGCCCGUGUUUGCACGUUCAUCCUACGAGGUAGACGUGGACGAGGACGCUGAUGUCGGGUUUGCCAUCGUCACAGUCAGUGCCAACGACGGCGAUGAAGGUGGAAACGCCAAACUUCGCUACCAAAUCACAUCAGGAAACACCGGAGGCGUUUUUGAUGUGGAGCCUGAGGUGGGCACUAUCUUCAUCGCUCAGCCUCUGGACUACGAGCACAUCAAAAGGUACAAGCUUCACGUCUUAGCCUCGGAUGGAAAGUGGGAAGAUUACACAACAGUGACGGUUAACGUAGUUAACAAAAACGACGAGGCCCCGGUGUUCACGGUCAACGAAUACUACGGCAGCGUGACAGAGGAGAUGGAUGGUUCCCCUGUGUUUGUGCUGCAGGUAACAGCUUCUGACCCAGACAAGGAUGCUGACCAAGAGGCGCUGCGGUACUCUCUCCAUGGCCAGGGGGCAGAGAGCGAGUUCAUAAUCGACGAGGUGACGGGAAAGAUCUACGCCCACCAGACUUUAGAUCGGGAAGAGCGAGCUGUUUGGCGUUUUGUUGUUUUAGCAACAGAUGAGGGCGGAGAAGGUCUGACUGGCUUCACAGAUGUCAUCAUCAAUGUGUGGGACAUCAAUGACAACGCCCCCGUCUUCACCUGCGCUCUCAGCUGCCAUGGGGAGGUGGCAGAGAACUCGCCAAUGGGGGCAACAGUGAUGGACAUGACCGCGACUGACCUGGAUGACUCUGCAGUGGGGCAGAAUGCUGUACUUUCUUACCGUAUUGUAGGAACUGUUGAUGCCACGAGCACCGCGGUAGGAGGAGUGACCCCGUUCUCAGAGGUGUUCAGUAUCAAUCCCACCACAGGGACCAUCAGCGUAGGGAUGGGAGGUCUGGACAGGGAGCAGGUGGAGUCGUAUCUGCUGGUUGUGGAGGCCAGAGAUGGGGGUGGGAUGACAGGAACCGGAACUGCGACCAUUCAUAUCAAGGAUGUGAAUGACCACGCUCCACGAUUUAUAGAUCACUCGUGCCGGGUCAAGAUCUCAGAAAGCGCUGAGCCUAACUCAGAGGUUCUGGGGCUCUCAGCGGAGGACAGAGACACUGGGGAAAACGCCCAGCUGACCUUCAGCAUCGUGGCUGGAGACCCAGAGCAGAAGUUCUACAUGGUCAGUCACAAGCAGGAGCAGCGCGGCGUCCUGAAGCUGAAGAAGCGCCUGGACUAUGAGCGGCACAGCGAGCAGAGGUUCAACCUCACACUUAAGGUGGAAGACCUGGACUUCUCCAGCCUUCUGCAAUGCGUGGUAGAAGUUGAGGACUUCAAUGACCAUGCACCUGUCUUUAUUCCACACUUCCUGUCACUGGCGCCACUGCCCGAGGACAUCUCUGUGGGAACCAGUGUGGCCCGUUUGGUGGCCAGUGACUCAGAUUCAGGCCAGAACCGGGACAUCACCUAUAGCCUGUCUGCAGAAUCGGACCCUGACGGGCUGUUCACCAUUGAUCAGUCGGGUGUGCUGUCGGUUGCACGACCACUGGAUCGAGAGAAAGUAGCACAGCAUCACUUGGUUGUCAUGGCAACCGAUCACGGGGUUCCAGCACUAACAGGAAGUGCAACAGUUCAGCUGCCUCUAUUGGAUAUAAACGAUAACGGACCAGAAUUUGAGGCUGCCUACAGCCCAGUAGUGUUUGAGAAUGUGGCAGGACCACAGGUAGUGAGGUUGAACCAAACGUCCACCCUUCUCCGAGCCAUAGACCUAGACUCCCCCGAGAACGGAGCACCGUUCCACUUCAGCGUGCCUGCUGACUAUCGCCAUGGCAACGAUUUCUACCUGCAGGAUAACCUGAACGGAACUGCAACUCUGACUGCCCUGAGGACAUUUGACCGCGAGCGGCAGAAGGAGUUCUUAAUUCCUGUCGUCAUAAGGGACAGUGGUCAUCCAGCCCAAACAGUGACCAGCACUCUGACUGUGACCAUUGGUGACCAAAAUGACCACGAGCACGUGGCAGGCGAGAAACACAUUUUCAUCAACAGUCAUAGAGGUCGAAUGCCAACAACGGUGCUUGGAAAGGUUUACUCUCCUGACCCCGAUGAUUGGGACAACAAGACCUACGUGUUUGAAGGACACGUGCCAAGCUACUUCAUCCUGAACAAGCGAACAGGAUUUCUAAUAAUCAAGGAAAACGCUCCUACCGGCACCUACCAGUUCCAGGUCCGUGUGUCCGAUGGAGUCUGGCCUGAUGCUGUCUCCACGGUGACUGUGCACGUGAGGGAGCUGAGAGAUGAUGCCAUCUACAACUCUGGCUCCCUUCGCCUGGCAGACGUCACAGCAAAGGAAUUCAUUGAAAUGAGGGGGAAGCAUCGCAGUCGCUACGAGCUGCUGGUGGACUUCCUGUCAGAGAUGCUCUCCGUUCCGCCGGAUGAUGUCAACAUCUUUAGCCUGAUGGAUGCGAAGGACAGAAUGCUGGACGUUCGCUUUGCCGUGCAUGGAGGCCCCUCCUUCCUGCAGCCUGAGAAGAUCCAUGGGUAUCUGGCAGCCCACAAGCAAAAGCUCCAGUCAUACCUGCAGAUCAGCGUGUUCCAGAUCCGCGUGGACGAGUGUUCCAGUUCAGGGUGCGGCGGCUCGGGCGGCUGCUCCAGCCUCCUGAACGUUCGGGACACGCCCACAGUGGUGGAUUGUGGGACCAUGAGUCUGGUGUCGGUGACGGUGGAGUCCACGGCCGUGUGCUCCUGUCCCGGUAGAGAGCAGGUCCAUCAGUCCUGCGCCUCGUAUCCCAGAAACCCCUGCUUCAACGGCGGGGUGUGUGUGGACACUCAGCAUGGAUACAAGUGCCAAUGCCAAGCUCAGUUUGAGGGACCUGAAUGCCAGCAAGUCAAGCACAGUUUCCACGGCAACGGCUAUGCUUGGUUUCCUCCGAUGAUGCCUUGUUUUGAGAGCCACGUGUCGCUGGAGUUCAUCACCGACGUGGCUGAAGGACUGCUGCUGUACAGCGGCCCUUUGGCGCAGCUGCAGGCCUGGGACCACGAGGACUUCAUGGCUUUAGAGCUAAUUGAUGGGACCCCCACCUUAAAAAUCAACCACGGCUCCGGCACCGUGGUGCUGCAGUUGCCAGGCAACGUGAAUGUGGCAGACAGGCGGUGGCAUCGGCUGGACGUCCGCAGCAACAGCAAGGAAGUGAAGCUCACUCUGGAUCGCUGUGCAGGCGCAGCAGUGGCAGAGAAAGAGGGCCUGGGGAGCUGGGUAACCACCGAAGACCACUUUUCCUGUGAGGUGACUGGAGUCACACCCAACGCAGACAGACACCUGAACAUGAGUCAAGUGCUCCAACUCGGUGGUGUGAACGAGGACAUCCCCUACAUCUACCCCCAGCUUCAGCACAAACACUUCACCGGCUGCAUCCGCAACCUCGUCGUCGACAGCAAGCUGUACGAUCUGGGCUCUCCCGCUGACUCACAGUCCAGCUCUCCGGGCUGCCUGACCACAGACAGCAGCUGUGUCAACAUGGGCUUUCCUUCCUGUGGCCACCGGGGGCGCUGUCAUGGAGAGUGGGGUUCCUUCAGCUGCCAGUGCGUGCCGGGAUACACGGGAUACCAGUGUGAGGAAGAGGUAGCGGAGUUUUCCUUUGAUGGCCGCAGCCACGUGAAGUACGAGCUGCCGUCGCCGCUUCCCGCUCGGAGAACGUCCAUCCAAGUCCUGGUUCGCACUCGAAGACACAGCAGCGUCAUCGUCAGCCUGGUAUCACGGGAUCAGACUGAAUACCUGCGACUAGAGAUCUUUCAGGGCCUCUUGUGUGUUUUCUACAACCUCGGCGACGGCGAUUUCAACCUGACCCUGCCAAGCUAUCGCCUUGACAACGGCGACUGGCACGAGGUCUUUCUCGAUCGCCACGACAGCGAGAUGACAUUGAAACUGGACGGAGGGGGAGGACAGCGGGAGGUGACGGGAUCAAAGGGAAGAAGUCGGGAAAUCGUUGUUGACCAAAGUGCGGUGAUGCUGGGAAACACCUUCUCCCCGGGGAUCAACAAGAGCUUUCAAGGCUGUAUGAGGGAUUUGCGUCUCAACGGACGCUACUUGGCGAUGGACAGCAAGCCAAGAGAUGGGGUUUCCCUGGUCAGCCAACAAGGGCUCUCUGUUGGGUGCUUGUCAGACUCCUGCAAGAGAAACCAAUGCAGCCCCCCCUUUACCUGUGUUGACCUGUGGAGAGUACACGAGUGCAGAUGUCCUCCUGGUCACAUGGUGCGCGUGAAUGGAACCAAAAAGACAUGUGUGUACACGCUGUGCGCCACGCGACCCUGUCACCGCGGGACCUGCGUGGCUCAGUCGCCCACCAAAUUCACCUGCCACUGUCCGGACGGCUACAGAGGGCGCCACUGCGAGACCACGCUGGCUAUUUACCGGGAAGACGUGGGCCUGAGCUUCAGCUCCCUCUUUGCCAUCUGCAUCUGCUUCAUGGCCUUACUGGCUCUGCUGCUCGGCAUCUUCCUCUACACUCGCUGGAGGUCCUACAAGGGGCUGAAGGAGGGCGUGUACCACGUCUCCGCGCACCACGACGGCUGGGAGGACAUCCGGGAGAACGUCCUCAACUACGACGAGGAAGGAGGCGGAGAGGAAGACCAGAACGCCUACGACAUGGCAGAGCUGCAGAAGUCCCUCCAGCCAAGCCCGGCCCAGUCGGUCCAGUACUGCCGUUCCAGAGCCCUGCACCACCCGCCUCCUCCCCACCACCACCACCACCACCUGCUCCACCAGGCUCCCCCCACGCCCGCCUCCAUCCAGGGUUUGGACGUUCUCAGCCGGACAUCCAGCUCCACAACGCUGCCCCCAUCUGCCGCCUCCACCUCCUCCACCAACACUACCACCACCAGCCUGCGCAGAGACGUCCCCCCCACCAGGCCCUCCGCCCAGGGCCAAGCCCGCCCCCCCCAGCUGGCGCGUCCCUCCCUGUCCUUCUCCAGCCAAGAUCUGGCACGCUACCUGUGCGAGAUCAUUCGUGACGCCGACCAGCAUCCCGACACGGGGCCCUUUGACUCACUGCAGGUCUUCUCCACCGAGGGAGGGGGCUCGCCCGCCGGCUCCCUCAGCUCCUUCAGCUCAGCGGGCCUGGAGGGCGGCGAUUCAAUGGAUGGCGGGGGGGAGGCGAGGAGGGAGGAGACACUUGGGGAUUGGGGGCCUCGCUUUGAGAAGCUGCGGGCGCUGUACGAGCGAGCCGAGGUCAGCGAUCUCUGAGCUGCGGCGCUCAAACUGAUGGACUCCGACAGCGGGGGGGGGGGCACACAGACGCUCUACAGAGAGGGCCCCCCCCCUGCCCUGCUCAGCCAGCACUCGGCCAACAACUGACUGGAAAGGUGUUGUAUCAGCUGGACGAUGAGCCCUGUCCAUCAUCAUGGUGGCCUCACAGACAAAA